ACUCGUCGACCAAAAUCUGUAAAUAUACGAGUUAAUGGUACUGAUUACGAAUACGAAGUUCUUAGUAUUUGUGAAUUCAACAGCACACGUAAACGUAUGUCUACAGUUGUUCGUGAUAAGGAUGGAAAAAUAAAAUUAUACUGUAAAGGAGCUGAUACUGUAAUUUUGGAACGUUUGAGUGAGAAUAAUCCAUUUGUAGAUCAAACAGUACAACACCUUGAAGACUAUGCAACUGAAGGUCUCAGAACUCUUUGUAUCGCAAUGCGUGAAAUUUCUGAUGAAGAAUAUCGACAGUGGUCUACUAUAUACGAAAAAGCAUCUACAACUUUGGUAAACCGUCAAGAUGAACUUGACAAAGCUGCUGAAAUGAUUGAAAAAAAUCUAUUUCUUUUGGGUGCUACCGCAAUUGAGGAUAAAUUACAGGAGGGUGUUCCAGAAACAAUUCAUACGCUUCAACAAGCUGGGAUUAAAAUUUGGGUCCUUACUGGUGAUAGGCAAGAAACUGCUAUAAAUAUUGGACUUA